AUGCGUCGUGAUGAAUUGCAAAAACAAGUGGCUGAAGGCAGUCUUAGUGUAUCUGGCAGUAAUGAUGUGUUGACCUUGGCUUUGGGUCCCGAGCAUCCAGGGAGAGUAAGAGGGGUAGGUGCUGGGAUUUCCCCUAGGCAAUACUUCAAUUUACCUAGACAACAGAGGGUAAAGUUUGCCGAUCAAUUGAAGGAAAGUGUAAGAAUUGUCCUUCAAGAAGAGACUAAGAAGAUGGAAGCUAGAUCAAGGGAAGAGACUUUAAGGAUGGAGGCUAGAACCAAGCAAUUGGUAGAGGCUGAGAGGGAACAUUUACUAAGUCAGCUUUCCCAACUCAUCCCCAAUUUUGAUCCAAGCAUGCUUAAACCGAAAACUAGCCCUGUCAAAACCAAGGGUAAUGAAGUAGUUGAUUAUUCAAAUGUGGAGGUGCCAUCUUCCUUACAAUCCCUUUGUCGUUAUUUGGAAACGACACUAAAGCCUCAGGAGAAGAUCAUGACCUUCAACAUUGAGAAGGAGGUGUUUGGUGCAGAUCGCAGUACCUUCGUCUUGCAUGAAGAUAUUACACAGUUUGCAGGCAUGGAAGAAAUUGGGGCUACUGUGGUUGCAGUAUAUAUGAGGUGCUUAUAUGAUCGUUUGAGAGAAGCAAAUAUGUGCAGCAUGGUUGGCUUUAUCGACCCUGCUCAAGUUAGUGCCAACACUGGGUCACUAACUGACAGAUCACGAAUUGUAGCCAGUCGUCUUCAGAUGACAGAUGAUGAACAGAUUUUCAUGAUGUCUUACAAUCCAAGCCGUAAUUGGGUCUUGCUGAUAGUGAGAGCAAAGAGGGAAAUCGUCUAUUUUCUGGAUCCGCUGCCUGGAAAUCAUGUGGUUGAUGAGGAGGGCAAAAACAUCGUGAACAGUGCUUUAAAAAUUUAUAAUUCCCACAUAGGGAGACCAGGCCGUAAAGCACCAAUUUGGAAAACUCUGCCAGGCACACCAAAGCAACCCAGCAGUGUCGAAUGCGGGUAUUAUGUGAUGCGCUUCAUGAGGGACAUCAUCAUGGAUCCUUCCUUGGAGUUUGAGAAGAAGUUUGCCAAGGGAAAAGAGCAAGCGCCAUACCCCCAAGCAGCCAUUGAUGAAGUUCGGAAUGAAUGGGCAGAUCUUGUUUGCCUUCAUAUGGAGUAG